AUGGUCCGCGAGAAGUCCGUGUCUGUCGUCCAGCUAUGUUACAGCUUGUGCAAAACAUGUCUCGAGGACCAACCUAAUAAGGACGAAUGCUGCGAGUUGGCACUGAAGCUGCUGAAGCGAUGCGAAGACGGCUGCAACGAUUCGUUCGUCGUCGGUAACUCGCUUUGGCAGGAGCUGGACGAUGCAGACAGUCCGCUGUUGGAAAAGAUCCUGAAUUGCCUUGAGGUAAAUAUCAAAGAACGAUGA